UUUCCCUCCGUUACCGAAUCCCAUCCGUUCAUCUCUCGUUGAACGGCUAUCGCUUUCACCGCAGGCUCCAGCGCGGGGACAGAAAGGACAUCCAUUCGAUCAGGGAUUGUCCUAUAGAAGGUCUAGUGGGGGGAAAUAAAAUACAGUAAACUGCUGUCAUUUUCUAUAUCUACAGCAAGAUGUGGUCCUGGUUCGGUGGUGCCGCUGCCCAGAAGCGCAAGGAUGCGCCCAAGAACGCCAUCCUCAUGCUCCGGGAGCAGCUGGACAUGUUGCAAAAGCGAGAGAAGCAUUUGGAGCAUUUGAUGGAGGAACAGGAGGCGGUUGCCAAGAAGAACAUCUCGUCGAAUAAGAAUGCCGCCAAAGCCGCCCUUCGACGGAAGAAGGUCCACGAGAAGAACUUUGAACAGACGACUGCGCAGAUCGCUCAGCUAGAGCAGCAAAUAUACUCGAUCGAGGCGGCGAAUAUCAACCAGGAAACUUUGAACGCGAUGAAGGCGGCUGGCUCUGCCAUGACCCAGAUUCAUGGUUCUAUGACUAUUGAUAAGGUUGAUGAGACUAUGGAUCAACUUCGGGAACAGCACCAGCUCAGCGAGGAAAUCGCCCAAGCAAUCACCAACAACCCAGUGGGCGAACAGCCAGACGAAGACGAACUGGACGCAGAACUCGAGGGUCUCGAGCAGGAGGCCAUGGACGAGCGGAUGCUCAAGACUGGAACUGUGCCUGUCUCAGAUCGUCUCACCCGGUUACCAGACGCAGCCAAUACAGAACUCCACCACCCCAAGGAACCAGCGGAAGAAGACGAAGAAGCAGAACUCGAAAAGCUGCGCGCAGAAAUGGCCAUGGGAUGAUUUCCUCCAGUCUCCGUCCCUUCUUUUUUUUUGCCUUCUUCGUCUUCCCUACUUCCCAAUUAUGCAAUUUAUUCCCAACUACUCCGUAUGCAUGAUUGACUGUUUACAAGUACUUUCUUUCUGUCUUCCAGUCUUGUUGAAGCCCUUUCAUUCGUCUUCCUUAUCAAUCGAUCUUCCAACUUAUACAUCGUUGGCGUAACCUGGUCUAUCUGCAAUUCUGGGUGUUCUGUCCUGUCUGCCUG